AUGAUUGCAGAUAUUUUACAAAAAAAGGACUAUCAUUUUAUUAAAAUUAUAGGAAAAGGCGCUUUUGCUAAUGUUUAUCUUGCUGAAAAUAAAAAAAAAGAACUAUUUGCUAUCAAAGUUAUUUCAAUAGAUCUAGAGGAAUCUAAAGAAUCAGAAAAAUAGCUUUAAUAUUUUGAAUAGGAAAUUCACAUUUACAAAAACACACAAAAUGAAAAUUUAGUGUCUUUGAUAGAAGAGUUUAGAGAAAACCAUACAAUCUAUUGUGUUUUUGAAUAUUGUAGCAAGGGAGAUUUAAAUAAUUUCCUUAAAAAUUGUACCUUAAAUGAGUCUGAAAUAAAAUCAAUAUUUAUUGAAAUAUUAAAAGGAAUAAAAUAUUUACAUUCAAAUAGAAUAGUUCACAGAGACUUAAAAAUUGAUAAUAUUUUGAUUACAGAAAAUAAUGUUGUAAAAAUAGCUGAUUUUGGAUUUGCAAAGUAUUUUACUUAAGGAGAUAUUUUAACAUCUUAUUGUGGAACACCUGCAACAAUGGCCCCAGAAGUUUUAAAGUAAUCAAAGUAUUUAUUAUUAGUUAAGAAAAAUAUGAUUAUAAAUGCGAUAUUUGGUCAUUAGGUGUGAUACUUUAUUAUAUGAUAUAUAGGAAGUAUCAUUGGAAUACUAAAAUAAAAAGCUUAUAAGAUUUAUAAAAAGAAUUGUAAAACUUUAAAGUAUCUUAUUUUUUUUUAAAUUAAAUAGAUUAUUUUUGAUGAUAAUAGAUUUAAUUUAUCAUAAUCAGGAAAAGACUUACUAUUUAGAAUGCUUGAAUCAAAUUAACAAAAAAGAAUUGAUUAUGAUGAAUUGUUCUCUCAUCCAUGGUUGGGAGGAGCUCUAAAUGAUAAUUAUAGAAUAUCAAAGAUAGUUAUUAAAAAAGGAUUUGAUAGUAAAAUAAUUGGAGAAAUCGCCUCUAAAAUUAGAAAAUAAAAAAAUGAAUUACUAGAUAUCAUUUAAAAUCUAUAAACUUUAUCCAAAAAUUAAGAUGCUAAAUAAUUGUUCAAUAAUCUAUAUGAUAUAAUUAAUAAAGAACACUAAGUAAUUUAUUAUUUAAAUUAAUAGUUUAAUUUAUAAUGUGAAGGGAUAAUAUAUAAAUAGCAUUCUUAAAUUGUUGAUUAUAAGGUUGAAUCAUUCUAGACUUUAUAGAAAGUUUAUGAGAAAAUUAAAUUUGAGUAUCUAGAUAUAUAACCAAUUGAACAAAAACUUAUGUUGUUUUUAGAAGUUUACCAUCUUUCAAAUAGUCUUACAAUAACUCUAUAGUAAAAAUAUUCUUAGGAAGAGCUUGAUAAAAUUACAUAAAAUAUCUAAGAAUUUGAGAUGGAUCAAACGAGAGAAGAUUUAGAUAAAUUUUACAAAUUAGAAGUACAAGAAUUAGAUCCAAUUCUAAGAAAAAAUGUAGAAAACUUUUUCAAAGCUCGUUGCAUAUUUAAUUUUGGAACUGAAAUCUAAAGUUAACAUUAACCAUUUUUAUCUUAAAUUUCAAAAGAAAUUUAAUAGAAAUAUUGA